AUGCUCUACUACAGCGGCUACACCCGCAGAAUAGGAGAUGUCGACGAAGGCUCGACCGUUACCGACUUCCUCCCAGCUGAACGAGCAAGAGGUAUUACCAUUCAAUCUGCAGCAAUAACAUUCCACUGGCCACCGGCAAAUGCACAGGCAUCACUGCCUGUACUCCCUUCAACAUCCGAUACCACACCCCGGUCUUCCAUCUCUCACAACAUCAACCUCAUCGACACACCCGGUCACGCAGACUUCACUUUCGAAGUACUUCGCUCGCUUCGUGUCUUGGAUGGUGCAGUGUGCAUCCUAGAUGGCGUUGCUGGUGUUGAAGCGCAGACGGAGAAGGUGUGGACCCAAGCCGGCCAUUAUCAGAUUCCUCGAAUCAUCUUCGUCAACAAACUUGACCGAGUGGGAGCCGCGUUUUCAAGAACGGUGAAAGAGAUUGGGGUGAGAUUGCAUGGAUGGCCUGCUGUUUGCCAGAUACCCUGGUGGAAGGGUGGCAAGGGAGACUUCAUCGGCGUCGGAGACGUUGUCCAUCUCAGGAGCCUCAUGUGGCAGGGCGCAAGCGACGGAAGCCGGAUCCAGGCUUUUACGCUCGAGGAGCUAGAACCCACGGAUAUGGACUUCGCGGAUGAGAUGAAGAAAGCUCGCAUUGCCCUCGUAGAGUUACUUAGCGAGCACGAUGACACCAUGGUGGAACUCUUUCUUGAACACAACGAAGAUCACCUCGCCAUCCCGGGCCUCCAAAUCAUGCAAUCUCUCCGCCGCACGGUUCUCCAAGCGCCACAGACAAUCAUCCCCGUCUUCGCAGGCGCCAGCUUCCGCAACAUCGGCGUGCAACCGCUCCUCGACGCCGUCGUCGACCUGCUACCCUCCCCUUUAGAACGUCCUGACCCCGAAAUCAGCGCAGGGAACCAGACUAGCACACUCUCUGCGCUUCUCAGCUCCGCCUCAAAGGCCCCUAUACCGGCGAAGAAAAGGUCGCAAAAGGAUGAAAAUAGUUUGAGCAUACCAGAAGUCAGGAACUUAACAGGGUGCGCCCUCGCCUUCAAAGUCGUCAACGACGCUAAACGCGGCAUCCUCGUCUACAUCCGUGUCUAUUCAGGCACCAUCGACCGCGGCUCCAUCCUCUUCAACACGAGCCUCCUCACCGCCGAACGUGCACCCCGUCUCCUAAAAAUGUACGCCAACGACGCCGUCGAAACCGACUCCAUUGGUGCUGGCCAAAUCGGCGUCAUCUCUGGGCUCAAGCACGCGCGCACAGGCGACACGCUCAUCGUGUAUAAAGGCCUGCAGAUGAAGACCCAACCACCCGGCUGGCUCAAGAGUCUGCAGCUGAGACCGAUUAAUGUGCCGCCGCCGGUUUUCUUCACCAGUAUAGAGCCCAGCAGCUUGAGCGAGCAGAAGCAUGUGCAGGAGAGCUUGACUAUCUUACUUCGUGAGGACCCAAGCUUGCAGCUGAGCGUUGACGAGGAAUCGGGGCAGACACAUCUGGCGGGCAUGGGCGACCUCCACCUGGAAAUCGCUCGAGAUCGACUGCUCAACGACUUCAAAGCCAAGGCCCGCAUCAGCAAGAUUGAAAUCGGAUACCGGGAGACUAUCACGACCUCCACGUCCCCCUAUACGUACAACCUCGACAAGCCUAUAGCAGGUAAACCAGCAAAAGCAGGGGUCACCGUCUAUCUCUCCCCGAUCGACGAAACCCCUCUCACCGCCUCCCAAGGAUCUACAGAGGAAGGUGGACCCUUUGAAACGACAUACUCUCUCUCUGACAGUAACACACUCCACAUCUUACACUCCCCGCUUUCCCGGCACGACUCCGCAUCUCACAAGUCCCUCAUUCCGUCUCAUCUGUCUCUCCCGGGGAUCCUGUCCUCUAUAAAUGCGGGUGCCUCGGCUGCUCUUGCGCGCGGUCCCUUUAAUGGAUUCGCAGUUGCGAAUACGAAAGUUAGCGUAACGCUGGAUGCAGCAGCGCAUCUCUUUCCGGAGACUACCACGACUGCUAUAUCUAUGGCCACGCGCGCUGCGGUAUCCUCCAAUCUCAGAACCGCAUGCGAUACUUCGCCGUCUAUACUUAUGGAGCCCGUAAUGCUAGUCACCAUCUUCGUCCACGAGUCCUCACUGGGUGCCGUUGUGCAAGACUUAUCGUCCGCCCGUGGGGGCCAGAUUCUUUCGCUUGACGGUUCAGACUCUCCUUCAUCCAUCGCUGACGAGGACCUCCCUCGCAUCGAUCCCGCACAGAUCUACGCACCACCGGACCCCUUCUCGUCAGGAACCGGGAGCGUAGAUUCCGGCCUCGCGGACAGCCACCGCCAGAUCGUCGCCCGCGUUCCCCUUAAAGAAAUGGUAGGCUACCUGAACCACCUCCGAGCCCUUACCGGCGGACGCGGUACAUUCGUUAUGACAGUAGACGGAUUCGAGAAGAUGGGGAGUCAGCGGCAGAAGGAGGUCAUGGAUGCAAUGAAGGAGUUUUCGGGGCACCGCACAAAGACCAGCGGGUAA